GGGCAGGCUUCCGCUCGUAUAAUGCCGCGCCCUCUUGCGCGUUACCUGGCUGCCUUACCCACCCGUUCCCGGAAGAAAAAUGGCAGCGGCGUGAACUGAGGUUCGCUUGCGUCUUCGCGGGCGCUCUGCUGCGCUCCCUGGACCCGGUGCAGCAGAAAGCUGGAGCAAAGUAUGUUUGCAGACUGCAUGCAUUCUAAAGGCAGUGAGUGGAAUCAGCAUUAGGAUGAAGUUGUCUUAGUUCCAGUGAUUCCGUGGUCAGCAGAGCAGACUGUUACCUGCCAUCUUCAUCAACCUUCAGCUUUCUUGAUAGUGCUGUGUACUCAGGACCCUUGAAGCACCUGCCGCCCUGGUUUGAGUUGUGAUCUUCCUUCCUCCCUGCUGCUUCCCUGCCUCCCACUCUUGGCCCACACUUCGCAGGAAUCUCACGGUUUGGCUGGCAGCAACGAUGUGCAGGCAGGGUCCCCUUUGUGGCCUGGCUUCUCAUGGCAUCUGGUUCCUGGGCCUUGUCCUUCUGAUGGAUGCAUCUGCGAGACCUGCCAACCACUCAUCCACUCGGGAAAGAGUGGCCAACAGGGAGGAGAAUGAGAUCCUGCCCCCAGACCAUCUGAAUGGGGUGAAGCUGGAGAUGGAUGGGCACCUUAACAAGGACUUCCACCAGGAGGUCUUCCUGGGGAAGGACAUGGAUGGUUUUGAUGAGGACUCAGAGCCACGGAAGAGCCGGAGAAAACUGAUGGUCAUCUUUUCCAAGGUGGAUGUGAACACUGACCGAAAGAUCAGUGCCAAAGAGAUGCAGCGUUGGAUCAUGGAGAAGACAGCAGAGCACUUCCAGGAGGCUGUCAGGGAGAACAAACUCCACUUCCGGGCUGUGGAUCCAGAUGGUGACGGCCAUGUGUCCUGGGAUGAAUAUAAAGUGAAGUUUUUGGCAAGCAAAGGCCACAACGAGAAGGAGGUUGCUGAUGCCAUCAAGAACCAUGAGGAUCUCAAAGUGGAUGAGGAGACACAGGAAGUCCUUGAGAACCUCAAAGACCGCUGGUAUCAGGCAGACAAUCCCCCUGCAGACCUGCUGCUGACUGAAGAUGAGUUCUUGUCAUUCCUUCAUCCCGAGCACAGCAGGGGCAUGCUCAAAUUCAUGGUCAAGGAGAUUGUUCGGGACUUGGAUCAGGAUGGUGACAAGCAGCUGUCUCUGCCUGAGUUCAUUUCCUUGCCUGUGGGCACUGUUGAGAACCAACAGGGCCAGGAUAUUGAUGACAACUGGGUGAAAGACAGGAAGAAAGAGUUUGAAGAAUUGAUUGACUCUAACCAUGAUGGGAUUGUGACCAUGGAGGAGCUAGAGAACUACAUGGACCCCAUGAACGAGUACAAUGCCCUCAACGAGGCUAAGCAGAUGAUCGCCAUUGCUGAUGAGAACCAAAACCACCAUCUAGAGCCUGAAGAGAUCCUCAAGUACAGCGAGUUCUUUACUGGCAGCAAGCUGAUGGACUAUGCACGCAAUGUGCACGAGGAGUUCUGAACAUGCCCUUGGCCCUCAACCUCAGCUGGCCAAACCUGUCUCCUAUCCAACCCCUCCCACACUUUGAGGGGGCCGUGGGCCAGUGAGGCCAUGGUUGACUGGGCUUUGGGUGGGUCUGGGGCCACCUUCCUCAUGUCUGAGGACUACCAUGGACCUCUAUGUGCCGUACCGGAACCUUCCUUCUGCUGCCAUGCCCAUAUGCUCUGGCUCAGCUCUUGACACAACAUGGCCCAGGUUUAUUAAAGGUGUGCUUAAUAGGC